CAAUCGAGGUCUUGCUUGCGGAGGAGGAGUUUCACAAGGAUCUGCCUUUUUGGUUAGGUUAGGUUACCCAGAGAAAAACUCAAUCUCACUCACUCGAAUUUCGUGGAGGAUAUACACACGGAUAAAAACGCGACGGGUUAUUUUCACGCUAAAAUCCAAGAACGAUAACAAUUUAUGACGACCGACGACGAACCGAUCGAUCCCUCCCCCUUUGACCUUUGACCUCAGAUACGCUUGCUGUCAAGUCUACUCACCUCAGUCGACGUCCGACGCUCAAUCAAUUGGUGUCUGCAAAGUCUGAAAAUAAUCCAAGAUGGGCCUUAUGUUAAAAUUGAGAUUCCAAAACAUGCUAUCCCUAAGAAGGACAAUUAAUACAGCUUCCGUCGGAGGCAGUACCUUGUUGAAAGUAGAACAAAUUAAUGGUUUAAGGAAAAUCACGAUGUCUGACACGAAAACAAGGAAUGCUCUCUCCAUGCAAAUGAUGGAUGAACUAAUUUCUAACAUUGAGAGAAAUCAGUCGGAUGAACGUCUUCGAAGCAUAAUGAUAACUUCAGUUCCAGGUCCAGUAUUCAGUGCUGGGCAUAAUCUCAAGGAAUUGACGUCAAAUAAAGGAAUAGAUCAACAACGAGCUAUUUUUGCCAAGUGCAAUCAAUUAAUGAUAACUAUUCGCAAAUCUGAAGUCCCCGUCUUUGCCGUAGUUUAUGGGCUCGCAGCUGCAGCAGGAUGUCAACUGGUAGCUGCUUGUGAUUUCGCAAUUGCUACAGAGAAAGCCAAGUUUUCCACCCCUGGGGCAAAUUUUGGAGUAUUUUGUUCCACACCGGGUAUAUCUGUAGCACGAUCAGUCAAUCGAUCACUGGCAGCUUAUAUGGUACUCACAGGCCUCCCUCUAAAUUCCCAAGAAGCCCUUCAAGCUGGUCUGGUUUCAAAAGUGUUCCCUGAGGAUACAAUUGAAGAUUCAGUUCAACAAAUUCACAACAGCAUUAGAUCCAAAAGUCGCUCAAUUAUCAAGCUUGGAAAAGAGUUUUUCUAUAAGCAGAUUGAAAUGGGAUAUGAAGAAGCUCUCAAGGAAGGUGCAGAGGUGAUGGUUCAAAAUCUGCAAUAUCAAGAUUCCCAAGAGGGACUCGAUAGCUUUAAAGAGAAACGAAAACCUGUCUGGAGUCACACAGAUGAUAAGGUGAAGAUGUGAUAAUACGAAUAACGCAAUAUAUCCUCAAGUGCCACAACCCAAAUCACGCAUAUUUUGUCUAAUUAGAAGUAGAAAAUAAUGAAAAUUAUCUACAUAAUCAUAAUAAUAAAUCUAAAAUCUUACCAUUUUA